CGCGGUCAGUGCCGGCGCCACCAAACCGGGCAGCCCGAAUCAAGAGACAGUUUGGAAGGAUUCAGUGAUUCGGUUUCCCCAGCCGUGGAAACGCUCGCCAUCCCCAUGGGGGUUUACGAGGUCUAACCCGUAAGCACGCAGCGUGUGGAGAUCCUCUGGCGGAAAGUUCCUUAUGGGGCACCGCUCUCAAGCACUGGGAGGCUGGUGAGCCCCCCGUGAGGAAAACGAAACCGGUUCUCCGGCUCAGGCGGGACCCAAGCGCUCUGCUUGCCGUGCUCUUGUGUAAACGUGUCUGCAGCUGCGGUAGUGGCACUUCGAGGGGGGGACAUCCUGCACACAUAAAGGCCUCUGCCAUGCUUUGGGAAGUGCUUAACAAGCCCCUCAGUAUAAUAUUAAAGAUUUAAAUAGCUGCUCAUGGAGCUUGUGAACAUGGUUUCCAAUCACUACACUCUUUUUUGCCUUUUUUUUUUUUGUUGUUUAAAUCUUGUACUUAGAGUGAUUAAAUAAACGGAUAUCUCUGAACUUCAGCUGUGAGCUGCUGUUUGCUUGGGUCAAAAGGUUGAGUGACUCUGAUGGAUGGAAGAGUGUUUGAGUAAAGUGUGUAGCAACUGGAAGGUAACAUGCCAAAGAGAUGCUUCAUAGGUUCUGAAAUACUGUAUUUCCUCUCUCUUCUUAAAAACAAUUCCAAUUUUCUUAAAGACACUUGCUCCUGGCACACAUCUCCCUCUUGCGUUUAGAUAUGCUGAAUUCUUGUAGGAUUGCCUGUUAAUGCAGGAAUGGUUGCAGUUUUUCUGUCUGGUUGGCUUUUGGGGUUCUGCCUGCAAGGCUUCUGCAAGGGGUAAAGUAGAAUACCUGGUGAAGUGGAAAGGAUGGCCCCCAAAAUACAGCACAUGGGAGCCAGAGGAUCAUAUCUUGGACCCUCGCCUGGUAGUGGCUUAUGAAGAAAAGGAACGAGAGCGUGAGCUGUAUGGGCCCAAGAAGAGAGGACCUAAGCCUAAAACUUUUCUCCUGAAGGCUCGGGCCCAAGCGGAGGCCCUCCACAUUGGGGAUGUACACUUUUCUGUCAAGCCUGGUUCUAGCACAUCCUCUCCCAAGCUCCACUCCAGUGCCGCAGUGCACCGGCUCAAGAAAGACAUACGGCGAUGCCACCGCAUGUCCCGUCGCCCACUGCCCCGUCCAGACCCCCAGAAUGGUGGGAGCGUGGGUGGUGGGGCUGGCAUCCGUCCUCCUGUCUCGCCUUUCUCGGAGACCGUCCGCAUCAUCAACCGUAAGGUGAAACCCCGUGAGCCCAAGCGCAGCCGCAUCAUCCUCAACCUCAAAGUCAUUGACAAAGGUGGGAAGCCAGCCAAUGGGGCUGGGGGCCUGGCUCGGCCCAAGAUCCCAUCCCGAAACCGUGUCAUUGGCAAGAGCAAAAAGUUCAGUGAGAGUGUCCUCCGCACCCAGAUCCGCCACAUGAAGUUUGGCACCUUUUCGCUCUACAACAAGCCAUCUGCUGCACCUGCCCCCUCUCUGGAGGGCAAAGGGGAAGCCGAAGGUUCCCAGGCAGCCUCCUGUGGGCUCAUUAUGGGCUCCACCCCCUAUGAUGCCCCCAGCUCCAGCUCCUCUGGCUGCCCAUCGCCCGCCCCCCACUCCUCUUCUGACCCAGAUGAUUCCCCUCCAAAGCUGCUCCCCGAGACCCUCAGCCCAGCCAUCCCCGACUGGCGUGAGUCGGAGGUCCUCGACCUCUCCAUCCCACCUGAGUCGGCUGCUACCAGCAAGCGUUCUACUCCAGGAGGGUGCAGUGGGGGGCAGACACCCUCCUUGUCCCUUUCCUCUUCUGACCCGGAGCAGGAGGCUGGCGACUGGCGUCCCGAGAUGUCCCCUUGCUCUAACGUGGUGGUCACAGAUGUCACCAGCAACCUCCUCACCGUCACCAUCAAGGAGUUCUGCAAUGCAGAGGAUUUUGAGAAGGUGGCAGCAGGCGGCAGUGGAGGAGGCAGCAAGUGAGCAGCCAGGUCCCCUCCACUCCAGGGGUGUGGGGGAAGCUUUACCUGCGAGAAGUCAUGGUGUGAAUGGCUGUCCUUAGUUCUCUCCUUUUCCCCUUGGCUGUCCCUCUGCCCUCACUGUCACCCUUUCUCCGUCUUUCCCCCUGCCCACUCCCUCCUGCCUGGAGACUGGAGUGUGUCAGUGCAGGGGAGUGGGGGCACCCACUGUUCCUGGGUGUCACUGCCACUGGGAGGAGGCAGGGAGGGUUGUGGUGGGGUUAGGGAGUGGUUGUUUGUCCUUGAAUGUGGUGUGGUCCAACGGGCAGUGGAGCCUUUGGGGAUGAGGGAUGGAUGAGCAUGUGCCUGUGGGGGUGGUGGGGAAGGUGCUCCUCCUCCCCCUUCCAUCCUUGACAAAAAUUGAAGACAAGCUCCAGACCUUUGAGGGGUAAGAGGAUUGGAGCCCUCUCCCACACCCUCCAGGCCUUCUCCCACAAUGUGCAUGCAGUCUCGAAUUUCCAUUCCCAUGUUUCCCCUUUGCCAUGACUCGGAUCCUGCCAUCCUUCCCCUUCUUGGACUGGGGCCUGGAUCUGCCCUCUCCUAUGCCGUCCUCCUGGCAGUUGCUGAUCCAGUUGUCCCCAGGGUGAGGGGGAGAGGGGCAGGUGAAGUAUCAAACCUGGAAGGUGCUUGAGAGAAAGCUGGGGUGGUGGGGGGUGCUCCGUGCAGCAUACACCCCAGAUUGGCUUCCCCUUUCCUUUGACUGUUGGUGCUACCUUGGCAGUUGUAUGGGCGCUUUCAGGUGCCCUGGUCUCUCUUCUGCAGCUUCCAACUUGCUCUGCUCUGCGGGGAGAAGGGAAGAAAAGGGGAGUCUGCUUCUGGCCCAGAUCUUCCUCCUGGUGUUCAGCACUUGUACUUGCUUGGGGGAGAGAGCAUGAAAUGCCCUUCCCCAGCCUUCCCAUAGUGGGAGUGGGCUGUGCAUCCAUCCUUCAGUUUGGGGGAAGAAACACCGACAGCAUGAUGCUGCCCCAGCUGGAUGAGGCUGGUCUCCCGCCUUGCGCAUAAGCUUCCACAGACCCUUUUUGCUUCUUCUCAGUUUCCUCAGAGGGAGGGGUGGAUGCUAAGGCAGGUUGUUUGCUCUUCCUGCUUCCUUUUGUCUCCUGCUCUCCCUUCCCUGGGAUGGCCUGGAAGAGGGUUCCCCUCUGUCUUUUCAGCAUCUGAAACAGCCCUUACAACUGUCAACCAAAGGUGCUAGUAAGAAACUUCUCUCACAUCGUAUGCAUGUGCACUGGAUCUCUUCCCCCAGAGCUCCUGUGAGCUCAUGUAGAAAUUCAUUCCCCUGACCCCUAGCAAGUAGGAGUGAGCAAGACCACAGCUUGCUGUUCUUUACCCACAGCUCCUUAUUUUCCUGACCACUUUGUUCACAUCCAAAAUAAGCUCUCUCUUUUGCCUGCCAUUUCUGGCUUGCUCCAUUUCUGUGUUAAGUCCUAAACUUCACAGUAAGAUGCCAUUCUUUUGCUCUCCCUUCUUCCCCUACUUGCACAGGACUCGGCUGUAGGGGCAAGAAAAAGAGGUGCUGAUCAAUCGGUGGGAGUCUCACCCUCUCAACUCUGUCCCUGGUAUUCGGGAUGGGGCAGAGGGGUGUCGCUUCUACAUAACAUGCUGCAGAGGUGAAAAGGGUGGAAAAAAUUCCCCAUGCCAGGGCUCACCUGCUUACAAAUCUGCCCUGGGUGGGUGAACAUGAAUGGAAUUGGCCCCUCUGGUGCUUUCACAUUGAGGAUAUUCAAGAGCUGCCAGCUCCAAGGAGUGCUCUUGUGUGAAGUUGUGAUUUUGUGGUUGCAGUGGUCUGAGGGUAGAAGAGAGGCAGCCUGUGGGAGAGAGGUAAUAUUUGUCUGCCCAAGGGAUGUCAUCAGGGUGGUAGAAGGAUAGACCAGCUUCUGACCUUAAUUAGGCCUUCUGUGCCCAGAGCUUGUCUUUUCCCUGCCUCCAGUGCCUGGGUUGGUGUAAUAAAAUCUUUGCUGCUCUCCCCACAAGCCUUGCCUCAAAGUGGGUGGUGUUCAUUGCGGUGGGCACAGUGGAUUCACGCUAGUUGUGGUUGGGUGUCUGUGCAGACAGUCUGAGGGGGGUUCCAGGUGCUGUUAGCACCACCCUUUGCACACCUCUUUCUUUUUCUUUCCUUGGUUAAAGAGCUUAGUGAACUCUUUGGGGAUGCAGUUGCAUUUGCAGCUGAAGCUAGGGGCAGGGAGAGACUUCCCUGAUCCAUUCACCAAGCUAAGGCUUCCUAUAACUUGUUGGACUUGUGUGCGUGUCUCUGUUAAUACCUGCCUGUAUUUUUCGUGUCUUUUUCUCUUUUUUUAAUCUUUCCUGUGCCUGGCACACCCAGGGAUCCCUUAUUUUAGCAUAUCCUAUCCAUUUGACUGCAGCUUCAAAGAUGAGCAGUUUGUUGUCAUAGGGGAAAAGCCCAUUCUUAGGGAAAUAGGAGAUUCUUCUCUUUUUUUUUUUUUUUUUUUUUCCCACAAGAACUAUUCUGUGGCUGCGAGAUAAGAGGAGCUUCUUUAUGGGGUGGAUGCAAACUGGCCAGUCACUUCAGGUUGUUAAGUUACUGUUUGGUGUGUAUGUGGUGAUGUGUUUUGUUUUGUGGUAUUGAGGUUCUGAAAAAAAAAGAACUAAAGUGUUUAAGUGGGAGAUAAAAGGGAACUUUAAUAGGAAACUCUUGAUGUGUUUUGGCCAAGAUGUGCUUGCUUGGCAGAAUUCUUUUCCCCAGUGUCUCUUGUAUGGUGUUCUUUGGGGGCAGGGGGCAGGAAUUGUUUAAUUGAAGGGGUUUUGCCUUACUCCAGAGUGACAAGCAAGGGGACUGUCUGUGAAGAGCAAAAUAGUGGGUCAUUGUAGGGAUACUCCAUGAGGACCUUCUUCCUGUGGUGACGAGAUGAGGGGACUUGUUGCAGCAGAGGAACUCAUGCAGUAGAUCCUCUUUGUGGAGGAAGAAAGGAGUAUGAUCCGGCUUGCAGAUACAGCUCAACUGCUUGUGUGACAAAUCUCUCCCUGGGUAGGUCACCAGGUGGGAACCAAACCCUGAAUCUUUGGAUCCGAAAUCAGGAUCCUGUGCUGGUUUGAGUUAGCAAACCUCUAACUUGAACACAGUAGCAGCCUCAAGUUCCCUCAGGUGGACAAGCCACUUGAGGCUGACUAACCUACCUUCAUAUUCACGUGGGUUACACUCUUCCUUCUGAUUUUUUUUUACCCUUGCUCCUUCGUGGAGAUGGGAAAGAAGAUCCAUCCAUGCCCUUAAAAAAGGGCAUGGAACUGAGGGAGGAGUUUAUUUGAAAGUAUCCCCUUCACUUCCCCAUAACCCCUAGGUUAAAAAAAAACAAACAAACAGGGAAGUAUUCUCUGUGUCUGUGCCAUGUUUGUUCUCUUGUUGUGUUUUUAGAGGAGAUUUUAUGAUGGAGUGGAAAAAGUGAAAUGAUUAGUUUUGCAUAAAAAAAGAAAAGUUUAAAAAAAAUUUCUACGGGGAGAGAGCGAGAGAGAGAGAGAGAGUUUAAAAAUGACUAAUAAAUGCAGUGAUUGCACAAACUGUAGUGGUAUUAGAUGGUCCUUAGAGAAAAGAAUAUUUUGUAGUAUUGAAGCAUGUGUGUCUGGGAUGGUGUUUGGCUUGCUUGAACUGGAGAGAAAGGCAUUCUGGGACUAAGCAGCGAUCUCUGAGCUGAAAAGGCAAGUUGUAUGUUGGAGGAACCCUGUCUACAAACCCUUCCCGUCCUUGCCUCCCAAGUGUUGGAGUGAGUUCCCUUCCCUCCCAUACCUCUCCUGUGAGCUAAGGUGGAGUCUCCAAGUGGUUUUUCUGGCCAGGUGGCCAUCAGAAAUGGCUGGUCGCAUUCUGCCAGAAUGUGGAUCGAGCCACCAACAUGGAAACAGUUGACUGACUGCAUGCACAGCAAGCUGCUAAGAUUUGGGGUUGGCAUGUACCUUUCCUGCCAAGUCACUGUCUCUUCUCUUUUCCCCUCCCCCAUAUCCAAGCAGGAUUAAACACGGUGGGCUUAUCUCCCAGGAAGCAGAUAUGCCUCCCCUCUUUAGGGUCUCUUAGCUUCUUCCAGUGUCAAGUGGGAAAUGGUAUUUUUCCAUGUAGGAUUCACCACAUCAGGACAGAGAACCGACUCCCAUCUCUAAUAGUGGCUGGAUCUUCAGAGACAGGUGAGAGCACUGCCUUGUGUGCUCUGAAGGUGUUGCUAGCAAGGCAUACCCUCUUCUUGAGGCCAGCAAAUGCUGGAGGUCUGGGGACAGAGAGGGGAGAGGAACACCACAAUGGGACUGUGCUCAAGUAGAGCUGCCACCUUCUGCCCUGGCUUCCUGCGAGGUGGUGGGGAAGUGUUGCCUGAAUGUUUCUUCAAAGCAAGGAGGCAGCUCUUUCAUGCUGGCUUGCCCAUCCAAGAUGUCUCUGCUGGGCAUUCAUCUGGUGUGCGGGAGUGACUGCAGGGAAGAGGGGAGUCACCAGAUGUUGGUGUCUGAAUGGGCAGGGGAUGCUAGGACAGCUUUCCUUGUCUGGACUUCUCUGGUGCCCUUGGCAUUGCAGUGGCAGGUGACAGAUGUCUUGAUGCCUCCCAUCACCUGGGCUGUUCUUAGGAAUUUCUCCUCCUCUCUCUGCCCAUUGAGCUCUGCCAGUGCUUCCCACAGUUUUCACCUUGGAGUGGCAGCCUCCUGUCUUGUGCUCUCUUUUCUCCUCGCUGAGCAGAGUGGGACUGGGGAGGUGUGAAGCUAACAAGAUACAAACUCCUUUUGGGAUGGAAAACAGAGAAAAAGUGUGGUGAGCAGACCCAGCUGUGGUGAGCCACUGCUUAAUUUCUGUUUCCAAAAGAGAAAGGGAGCAUUUAUUCGUGUCUCCCCUUACUGAAGUUCCCAGGGAGAUUUUACGAAAUAAAACAAAACAAAAAAAACAACA